AUGGCGCCAGAUUUACGCCAAAAGUCCACACGCUCAAAUAACUUGGGAGCGGGGCCAGUGAAAGAGCUACUAGUAAAAGUCAUCCAAGGAAAUCGCACUCGUCCCCCUGUGACCCGCUCAUGCCCCACAUCUCAAGGACUGUCCCAAAAGGCGUGCGUGUCCUCCACCACAGCAUCUGCGUGUGAGUUUGCUGACAUCGUGGAGGUUUUGCUGAACUCCGGCGCUGACCCGUCCAUCAAAGACAUGGAGGGGUCUCUUCCAGAAGAGGUGACAGAGUCCAGAACCAUCUCGUCCAUUCUGCACCAAUUCACUUCCCCCAAAGACUAG